GAUUUUUUUGUUCAUCAGCAAAGGAUCCGAGAUCCAAGCAAGACGAAAACAACAUUUCGAUUCGAGCGAGUCGGUGCGUGAUCGAGUGAGUGCGAGUUUGUUUACCAAAUUUCGGGGCAGCUGGACUAUGAAAGAUGCAAAGUGAGAUCGGAAACGGUGCUGUCAUGACGGCCAUCUCGCCAGGCUGCGCAGCCCCCGCGCUCUCUUCGAUGCCGCCCCCGCUCAGCCCCCGAGGUCUGCAGGUCAGGGAGGCCGGACGCGCCCUGAAGGUGCAGCACGCCGAGGCGCCCCACCUGGUCAGCCUGGGCGGCGGUCGGCUCAGCACGUCGGUCACCCUCCAUCCGCUGCCUCAAGGUCGCGUUCUCAUCGGCUGCGGCGACGACGUGGACAUCAGGGUGGAGGGCACUGGUGUUGAGAGACACCACUGCCUGCUGGAGAACAACUCGGGGGUGGUCACCCUCACCCCUUUGGCACAAAACACUUCGAUUGAUGGAGUUCCUGUCACAGCCUCCACCAGAUUGACUCAAGGGAGCAUGCUGGGGAUCGGCCGCUCCAACUUUUUCAAGUUCAACCACCCUGCGGAGGCCAACUACAUGAAAAGCGUGAUGCCGGCCAACACACGCAUCUCAAUGCUGCAACCCCUAGUCAGCCCGAUGGCCGCUCUGGAGACACCGAACUACAAUCUGCAGACGCCGUCCAGUCUGAGCAAACCUCCGGCCAGAGGCGGAAUGCCGUGGACCGAGGACUGGAUCAACAACUCGAUCUCCCCAAAGGUGUUCCACGCCGACACCGUGACAGUCAACUCGCCGGCAAGCGCUGUUUUGGGCCAGUCCCCUCUUGGCAUGAACGCACCUGGCUCGUCCUUUGUUCAGAUGUCCUCAUCGCCAUCCCCGCUGUUGGGAAACAGCUCAUCUGCUCAUCGACGCACCCUCUCUGCAGGGAGUGGUCGCUUAAGUCAGACGGAAAGAAACAGCCCUUUGCUGAGUAGGGCAUCUCCGGUGGCGUGCAGUCCUUCUCUGAGUGGCCACGGUGGCUCUUCAUGCAGUCUGCAAGAGCUAAUGGCGCGUGGCGAGGAGCUGGAAUGGAGAAGGCAGCAGGCACAAGAGGAAAGGCUGAAAGAGCAGGAGGCUGAGAGACAAGAGAGGGCCCGCCUCGAGGAGAUCCUUACCAUGUGUGCAGAGUACGAGAGACAACAGCAGCAACAGCAGCACCACCCCGAAGCAGGUGCCAAACAACAGCCCUCACCGCCGCCCCCAAGCAGCACCCCUCCAGUGCACCAAAAUAGAAUCAAAACCAAUGGAUCGCUGCCCAGAGACAAGAGGCUUCCUAGUCCGAGAAUGAGCGACUCCCCUGCCAAGGGCGCCGUUUCCCCAGGCAAAAACCUGACCGCCUCCGAAGACGAGUUGUCCCAAAUUUUCACCUUUGACGCGCCCCGUCCUGGAACGUCCCCCCAGCAGCGCAGCCCCUACGAAAACGUGUACCCUCAGAGCCCGCGCACCAGAAUCAGAACGACCACCAAAGAGGUGGAUAAUGCGCCACCGAAGCCCCCACUGCCGCUGCCCAGGGAAGGCUCAAACGUCCCCCUGCUCAAAGCCCUCGAGGCCCAGCACAGAGCCACCUCUUCAGACAGGUUCAUCAGGCCCUUGGGCACUUGCGAUGGGGCGCUGGAACCCCAUUUGAAGCAGAUGGGUGGCAGUUUGCCCAACAGCCCUGCACCACAUGUCAUGCAUGGCGUUCGAAGGAGGAGUAUGGAGGAGGCUGAGCAGAUGAAAAGGGAGCGAACUAGAAUUUUGAGCUCAAUGUCUAACAUAAAAAGGACCGUAGCCGAAAUCCAACUGCACGAGGAAGAACUUGUUAGAGAGCUGGAGAUGGAGAGAGCUCUGAUUGAUGGCGAGUGGCAAAUGCAGUGUGAAAAUCUUGCUCAAGAAGAGGACCAUUUACUAGAACUAAGAUUAAGGAUGGAGCAGCUGGAUAGGGACAUAACUACGGCUCGGCUUUGUGAGGCUAGGCACUUGGCCGAUUGCAGAGCAAGGAUGGAGCAGGGCGAGCUGGAAGUUAGGAGACUGGAACAGGAGUUGAUCAUGUGCAGAAGCAGCAGAGAGGAUCAGAUGGAAAUUUCUGACCAGCUUCGCCAUCAGCAAGAAAUUCUCGAGGCAGAGAGAAAGACUUUUGAGGAUCAGGAGUUCCAGCACAUGGAGCAGGAAGCUGUUUGGGAGGCUGGGAGAGAAGAACUCGCCAGAGAAAUGGCUGAAAUUAUUGCAAACUUGGAUGAGCGCAAGGCAGCCUUGAUGGAGCUCGAGAGCCAGCGAGAAGAAGCAGCCGAGGCAGCCAUGAACCACACAGAGCUGGUCGAAAGGCAGCUGGACACUCCUCUGAAGCAGCUGGAAGAAGGCAGGUUUAGGCUGAGAGAGAUCGAAGCCCAACUGAAGGAGUUGACCAAAGAGGGACUUGUGCCUGCCCGCGAUUCUAGUCCUGAAGGCUCCUCUGAUGCAGACGAGAGCUCAGCCCAGAUGAGUCCGCAGAAGAGUAGUGCAGCGCUCAGUCCACAAGAACUUGGAGAGAGAAUCAGCCAAGUGACGUCUCAGGCACCGAUAGACAUGAAAAAUGGCUCUCUGGGAAGGAAAACUAUCGAGUCUCUGAAGGAAAUCGAGAAGAACCGGCAGCUUUUGUUAGCUAAGCAAGGUCGUGAAGUGAUAGAGGAGGAGAGAAAAAGAGUUCAGGCCCUCAAGCGCCGAGUUCAAGAUGAGGUCCGUGCCCAGUGGGAGGAACGCAGACAGCGGGAGGCUAAUUGCAACAGCCUUAACAGCGUUGGCAGUGAAGAAUCAACUAGCAGUGACAUGCCAACUGAAAGUGCAAGCAGCGAUGAAGCUGCUGAAAAACAAGUCAAGCCAGCUGCCGACUCUCCGAUUUCUUCCCACGAAGGAAAAGACCAGAAGAAUCCUUCAGAUUCCGCCCAGGUGAAGCAGCAAGAGGCUGAGAGAGAUCUGUCUGACACCAGACCACUGUCUGACUCGUCCAGCUAUGAAGACCAACUGUCAGUCAGGCUUCGGGACACCAAACUCUCGCCAAGGACACAGCAACGGCCCCUCACACGCUACCUCCCGAUUCGGAGCGAGGCCCUGGACCUGAGGGUGCACAUUGAGAGUGCAGGUCAUCAGGUAGAGCUGUGCAACCACGUUGUCUUGGACAAUGUCUCUUGCCGCGGCUACCUCCACAAAAUGGGAUCCAAAUUCAGAACCUGGAACCGACGGUGGUUCGUUUUUGACAGAUCCCGUCGCUGCUUCACCUACUACUCUGACCGAAAUGAGAAAAAAGCCAGAGGCGGAGCAUAUUUCCAGGCGAUAGAAGAAGUCUAUGUGGACCACCUGAAUUCGGUGAAGAGCCCUCACCCUGGUCUCACCUUUUGCGUCAAGUGCUCGGAGCGCACCUACCACCUGAUGGCGCCCAGCGCUGAGGCCAUGCGGAUUUGGAUUGACGUCAUCUUUACCGGCGCCGAGGGCUACCAAGAAUUUGGACCGAGCUAAUUAUCUCUCCUACUCGACUGAAUAUCACAAAGCAAGUGACUGAUUCGUGUUAGAAAAGACUGCCAUUCAGCUCAUGUGAGUGUUUAAAUUUAGCCAAUCUCAGGGUAAAAGUGUGGUGAAAACAAAAUACAUGCUCAUCCCUGCAGUGCGCUUUACGGUGUUUUGAAUAUUGAGGGUGCAGCUCAGUAACAACUGCUGACAUACCUUGAAACUCUAUAGGUACAAAAAUAAUCUCGAAAAUUAAAAUGUGGCAUAUCUCGAAGUUUGUAAAAUUGUAAAUUGAUGCGUUGCUCAAUUUAAGAGCAUUUCAACAAGGCUGCCUGAAAUUUGGCAGGGUUUAUUUUUUAUUGAAAUUUGUCGCCGGUGCUGAAAUUUAACUGAUUUUAAAUUCUGACUUUAUUUGAAAGAUUUUAUUUCAACAUUGUUUUGAGUUUGUAUUGCCUCUAUUUUUAUUUUACUGAAUUUUUUUAUUUUCAGCUCUUGUUUAAAAAUUAUCCUAUGCCAAACUCUGCGAAUUGUUCAUAUCAGCGCUCAUGUUAUAUAAUAUUCACUUGGCACACAAUCAUUACUGCCGCAUGUGGCAAGUAGACUAAUAUUGUAAAAAAAUUAUCCAAUUGUAAGUACACAUCUGUGUCAGAAAAUUUACUCAGUGGCAGUAUAAAAACUGGCAAAUUUUGAAAGCAAAAGUCUUAUACCAAAGCAUAUUUCAAAGGAAAAUGAAUAACCUUAAGAUAUACAUUGAAAGAAAAAAAUUGUUGAACUUGUCCAUUAGCAUGAUCUUGUCUGACAAGGUGAUUCACAAAUUUGAUGGUCUUUAGAUUGAAGGAAUGCAAGUAGUUUUUGUAUGCAGAAUUUUCAAAGUCAACGAGUGCAAUUGCAUAAUGCUACACAUAAAUGUAAUCAGAAAAGAGAUAACCACCGUUGAAACAAUAGAUCCAUUAAAGUACAUAAUUACUCAGUACUAUAUAAUCAGCCAUGUAUGAGAUGUGCCUUUGUACAUAAUAUGUAUCAAUAACUUAAUGGAACAAUAAUAGACACAACCAAAAUUAUCAAUAAAUAUGAAUUUUUUCCGUCUCAAA